UUCCAGUAAAUAAAAGAGCACAAGCAACAAGUCUUUACAUCUACAGGCAAUGUCAAGGUGGUCAUAACGUCCAUCAAUAUAAUUGUGCUUAUUGUCAAUAUAUCUACGGUACUGGACAGGAGCAGGAUCAGCAACAAAAGUUAACUAGUUUGAAGAUUGAUAAAUGUAAUAAGUUGGAUUGUCUCACAAUUAAUUUUAAUAACACUUCUCUUAGCAAUUUGUUUGGCGAUAAUAAUUCUAAUUUUAAUAGG